CAGAUUAAUCUAACCUUUCGCGCGAUUACCUUGUAACAAUAGCUCUGUAUUUUAACUUUUGGCAGAGAAAUAGUUUUGGCAUACGGUGUGAGACCUCCGUGCUGGACACAAGUUGAUAAAAAUGAAAGUGUUGUAUUUCGUUUUGUUCGUCGCGGCGGUGACUGCCUCCCCACUGCCCGAAGAUGAUGGGAGCGACGCUGUUGAAAUGAUUGUAAACGGUGUGCCUGAUGGUGCGCCCUUGGAGAUCAGUGAUAUUGUGGACAUCAAGCUGAAGGAGCACGUUGAUGGUGAAGUGGUUGCUGCCUCCAACCUUCUGCACCCUUACUCUGCUGUUGGUAUCGCUGAAGCUCAAGCUGCUGCUGCCGAAGCUGCUGUAGCUGAAGCCAACAAGGAAGUAGAGUUCGUUGACAAUGCUGAUGUACUUGAUGUCCAGCAUGUGCCGAUUGGUGGUCUUCCUGUGCCAGAGUCGGUCGCCCUACCCGCCCCUGUUGCUCCUGAAGUUGUAGCUGAACCUGCGGUCCCUGCUACUCCUGAGAUUAUUUUGCCUGAGCCUGUAGUUAUGCCCUCUCCUGUAGCUCCUGAAGUAGUUGUGCCCGAACCAGUAGUUAUGCCAUCCCCUGUCGCUCCCGAAGUUGUUGUUCCUGAACCAGUAGUUAUGCCCAGUCCAGUAGCUCCCGAAGUUGUUAUUCCUGAACCAGUUGUCAUGCCUAGUCCAGUAGCUCCCGAAGUAGUUGUUCCUGAACCAGUUGUGAUGCCCAGUCCAGUAGCUCCUGCAUUUGAAGAGGCUCCAGUAGCCGCCGCGUACAACGGUGAGGUGUACAAUGAUGGACUCGUCCAAGUGCAGUACAAUGGACCUGCAGAACCUGGUAUGUUCUCUACUAUCCAAUCCUGGUUCAACGUUGUCCUUAACUACUUCAGUUCCGAGGCCCCCGCUACCUCUCACUAAUUUUUAAAUGGAAUUUCGCUCUCGCUAUAAGUUACAAGCCACUACAAGGAAUCACCAUUUUGUACAGUACACAGUAUAUUCGUAAAGUGUUUUAAAAGACUGUUAAGAUAAGAUGGUCUAAUAUAAUGUAUUUGUAAUGUACAAAUAGGAAGAAAUGUUAAAAUAAACUUUUUUUAUACA